GCGGAUCAGUUCCUUCUCGAUCGGCACGCUGUGACUACGCAUAUUAAUCUUCUAGUCUCGUCGUGGGGUAGAACGUGUGCGCUUCUCUCAGUUGCAACCCAGUCACGUAUCUACACACAAAUCUGUUUUCAAACAAAACGAUAACCCCACGAGCCACGCGUACAAGUGUUAGUCGCCGUCUCCGCGGAUUGCGCGAGCUCACGGUGUUCGUAAACUUGUGAUAACCACACCGGUUAGCGAAUACGAUAUACACACAAACGACGCCAUGUCGCUGUCUCGCCAAAGUAGCCGGCAAACGGCGUCCACGGUCGCAGUAUCGUCAGUUGCAUUGUGGCUUCUGUUCCUGAUAGGCAGCAUGGCGGCGGAAUACAGCGUCCAACAGCUACCAAGUCCACUUUCCCACCUGGGCGAAGGCCCGGUGUGGGACGUAGACAGCCAAAGUCUCUACUACGUGGACAUCAACGGAGCUGCGAUCCUUCGCUACGACUAUGCCGAGAACAAAACCUACAGCGCGAAAAUCGAUGGCGUUGACCCCAUAUCGCCAAUCAUUCUGGUUCAGGGAAAGCCAGGUCAGUACGUGCUGGGAACGGGCAACAAGAUUGUCUUGGUCAGUUGGGACGGUCGAUCGGAUAAGGGAACCCUGGUGAAAACCCUGUACGAUUUGGGCGAAUCGGAGAAACACGUGCGCUUCAACGAUGGUAAGGUUGAUCCCCAGGGUCGUCUAUACGCCGGAACCAUGCAGCUCGAAUCGCUGGGUGAUAUUAUGCAGCAGAAGGAAGGAAAACUGUAUCGAUUCGAUGGUAAGGCCGGAGGAGAGUUCCACCUGUUGAAGUCUGGCAUCAGCAUCUCCAAUGGAUUGACCUGGCCCGAGAAUACCAACAAAUUCUACUACAUUGAUUCGGUCGCUUUGGAUAUUAAGGAGUUCGAUGUGCUGGAGAAUGGCGAUUUGCAGAACGAAACUGUAUUGUACGAUCUUCGGGUGGACGGAAAGAAUCCUGGAUAUGUGGCCGAUGGUAUGACCCACGAUAACGAUGGGAAUUUGUACGUCGCUACCUGGGGUGGGUCGAAGCUGUUGAAGAUCAAUCCUAAGUCGAAGAAAAUUGAACAGGAGAUUGCCAUUCCAGCCAAACAGGUUACCUCGGCAUCCUUCGGUGGACCGCAAAUGGAUGAGCUUUUUGUUACCACUGCCCACACCGGUAAUCAAGAUGCUCCAGCCGGUGCACUGUUCAAAGUCACGGGCUUGGGUGCUCGCGGAAAACCAAUGGAUAAAAUGAUUUUGAAAGAUUGAAUGAAUUUGUGAGUUUGUGUGUUUUUUAACAAAAAUAAAAACAGUUUUAUGCUCAAUUUUACUGAUUGA